AUGACUUCUUUUUCCUCAUACUUGCUUGUGUUUUUCCUUGCAUCUCUUAUUCUCAUCCCUCAAGGCUUUGCUUCUCAACCUCAUCAUCAUCCAAACCAUCCACCGUCUACUCAAGAAGUUCCUCGUCAUCAUCAUCCAAAACAUCCACCGUCUACUCAAGAAUUUCCUCAUCAAGGUUCUAAACCUCAUCCUAUACUUCCUACCAACUUACCCAAACCACAUCCUCACCACCCUCCAAAAGAAGAUAACACUCAUUUCUAA